AUGUAAUAAUAUAAUUCUUAAACAUUGCGUUCAUCCGGCUAUCACACACAAUCUGGACUUACUGAUUUAGAAGGUGCAAAAGCAGUAGCCAGAAGAUUAUUUGAUAAUUAUGACAAAGGAAGAAAAGGAAAACUUGACAAUGUAGACUGUGUUCCCAUGAUAGUGGAAUCAUACAAAUCAUUUAACUAAUUUUUUUCACCUUCUGGUGAAGAUAUAAAAUCUUACCAUCGUAUUUUAGACAGAAACGGUGACGGAGUAGUCAACUAUUAAGACAUAGAAGAUUUAUGUGUUCGUUAUUUAUGUGGAGGAGUAGGCUAAACAACAACCUAAAGAUAAACCGGUCAAGAUGAAAGAAUUAAAAGAGCCGCUAAGCCACAAUAUGCUCCCGAAGUUGAAAGAAAACUUGACGUAGCCAGAAGACUUUUUAAAAGAUUCGACAGAGACGGAAGUGGACAUCUCCAAGAAGAUGAAAUUGCGGGACUUUUAAAAGCUACAUAUGAAGAAAUGGGGAUGUAAAAUUUCACACCUAGUUAAGAAGACGUCAGAAUGUGGCUAUAAAUGGCAGAUACAAAUUCAGAUGGAAGUGUUUGUAUAGAAGAAUAUGAAGAAUUAAUUAUUAGAUCUUUAAGAAAUGCUGGAAUUAAAAUUGAAAAAUAAUCAAUUGUAUUUUGAUAUGUUUUUAUUUUAUAUUUUAAUAUAAAUGGUUAUUUUUUUUAUUUAA